CACCACUGCGCCUGCAGUUUAGCGUCACACAGGCACCAGUUCGCAUCGUCCCCUUGACGUCAAAAAAGCGCAUCAGUUAGUAACCCCUCACGUGAGUCGCACAAAUAACACCAAAGGGGGAAACACAACUGGGUGUGCAAAAGGAAGAAGAAAAAAAAAAAAAAAAAAAGUUUCCACAUAGGAGAUUCUUCCUUUAUCCAUUUUGGCCAACUGCACAUUUAGCACAUCAAGGUUUAUGCAGUAGAAGGAGGCAGAAUGGACAGCCCGGAGUUCCUCAAGAUUGAGCUGGAGAGAGUGAAGAGCGACUAUGAAAAUGAACUAUCCGUUGACCAUGUAAUGCCAAAGACCCAGUUCGACUACGCAUGCAUGCUAAUCUGCUCGUCGGACCUGAAGAACAUCCAGCUUGCCUCAUCCCUGCUGCACGAGCUGCUACUGAUAAACUACAACCGAAUUGACUGCCUUUACCAGCUAGCCAUUGCGCACAUGAAAUUGCGGGACUAUAAAAAGGCAAAGAACUACCUAAACGCUUUACUCAAAAUCGAUGCCAGAAAUAGCAACGCGCUGGCCCUGAAGAGUCUUCUCUUCGACUUAAUCUCGUCGGACGGACUGAUCGGCGCACUGCUCGUGGCCCUCACCGCUUGUGGCAUUUACCUGUCCUGCAAAUCGUUUAAAUUUUUUUAA